GAGUGCCUGUGCGCGACAAUUGAUUAUUUUUCCAUUGAUCAUUUUUGAAAGAGAACAUUGAAAAUGAGUGAUAAGAGCGAAUAUUGUGACUACAGGAGUCCUUUAGCAACGCGCUAUGCCUCUAAGGAGAUGCGUUACAAUUUCAGCGACCAAAACAAGUUCAGCACGUGGCGCAAAUUGUGGAUUUAUCUUGCCAAAGCUGAAAUGUUUUCGGGUUUGGCCAUAACGCAAGAGCAAAUAGGUGAAAUGGAAAAGCACGUAAGUGACAUCGACUUCGUUGCCGCGGCAAAGGAAGAAAAGGCUACCAGACAUGACGUCAUGGCUCACGUGCACGUUUUCGGUGCCCAGUGUCCAAAAGCUGCACCCAUCAUUCACCUAGGCGCAACCAGCUGCUACGUGGGAGAUAAUACGGAUCUCAUUGUACUUCGCGAUGGCUUCGAUAUUAUAUUGCCGAAAUUGGCUGCAGUUAUCAAGAGACUGGCCAAUUUUGCCAACGAGUACCGUUCAUUACCGACUCUUGGCUUCACUCAUCUGCAGCCCGCUCAACUGACAACGGUUGGCAAAAGGGCCACUCUUUGGCUGCACGAGCUGCUCAUGGAUGAACGUGCGAUUCGCCGGGCGAGAAACGAUCUACGUUUUCGAGGCGUUAAGGGCACGACUGGUACCCAGGCUUCCUUUUUGCAACUGUUUAAUGGAGACGGUGAGAAAGUAAAGCAACUGGAUGAUUUGGUUACAAGGAUGGCUGGAUUCGAAAAACGCUAUGCCGUCACCGGUCAAACUUAUAGCAGAAAGGUCGACGUUGAGUGCUUAAACGUUCUUGCUUCAUUGGGCGCCACCGUUCACAAGAUCUGCGCGGACAUCAGAAUCUUAGCAAACAUGAAAGAAUUGGAAGAGCCGUUCGAAACAACUCAAAUAGGUUCCUCAGCAAUGCCUUACAAACGUAAUCCAAUGCGCAGUGAGCGUUGUUGCAGCAUAGCUCGCCAUCUGAUGACGCUAGUGAAUAACGGCCUGCAGACAGCAGCGAACCAGUGGAUGGAGCGAACCCUGGAUGACUCGGCCAAUCGACGUAUCACCCUUGCAGAGGCAUUUCUCUCAGCUGACGUCAUACUCAUGACUUUACAGAAUAUUUGCGAAGGCUUGAUUGUUUAUCCGAAGGUCAUCGCUAGGCAUAUCUCUCAGGAACUGCCUUUCAUGUCGGCUGAGAAUGUUAUUAUGGCCAUGGUCAAAGCUGGUGGAGACCGACAGGAAUGCCACGAGAAAAUCCGUGUUCUUUCACAAGAGGCCGGUGCUCAGGUAAAACAGCAUGGUAAAGAUAAUGACCUGGUCGAGCGCAUUGCUAAUGACAAAUACUUUGAGCCAAUACUUGAUCAAUUGUCGGCUCUCUUAGAUCCUUCGACCUUUGUCGGCAGAGCACCUGAUCAAGUAGUUGAAUUUUUGAAAGAAGAAGUUUACCCUGUCUUGGCAAAUUAUGACAUUAAAGACGUCUCAGUUGAAUUGAGCAUUUAAACGGACUGGAGAUUCGUAUUAAUUCAUAAAUUCAUUUUUAUAUUUUUCUACGGCCUCUUUUUAUCUACACACAUAUUGUUAAAUGUAAAAGGAUGGAUAAGGUUAUUAAUGAAUGUGAAAUGAAUUUAUUUUAAUCAGUGCGUUUAAUGGAUCAUUCUUUGCUCGUACGAUAUGUAAAUACACUUCUUUGUUUAUCACCAAAAUAGUGAAAAUUUAUCAUUAUAUUUCACGUGCAACAAAGCUACUGCUGUAUAUUUUCAUAAUGGAAUGUAAUAAAGAUUUACGCUUAUUGUAAAAAAAGAACUUUCUUAGUAAUGCUUAAGCUAUGGAUGUAUUUUCAUGUUACUUUUUAAGGCAAUAACUUUUACAUAUUUUCAAUCUCAAGUGAUUUUACUAUGUGCUGUGAUAGCUUACAUAGAAAAGGUAAUGUAAAAUUGUAGAAGUGACAGUAAAAUUCAAAAGAAAAUAAGAAAUAAGAAAAUAGUUAAGAGAUCAGCAGAAAUGAGAAAUAGAAAUCGAAGUAAAUUGAUGUCCUAUAAUAGUCAUGAGAAAAAGUUGAUAAAAAGUAUAGUUUUUCUAGUUAAAGGAAGACAGCGAAUUUGAAUUAACUAAGUUUAACACAAGUAGACAAAUCAUACAGAUCAUAUAGACUAGAAAAGCAGUAGACCAAAAGUUUGUGUAGAAAUUAAGUAAUAUGAAAAUAAUUAAUGAAAGCUAUUUUACAAGAAAUCAUGUAGACAAGUAGGC